CUGAUAUUAUUAUUAAUAUUAUUCAAAGGUUAUGGCCUAAGAAUACUGGCAACGAGGCAACUUUAAAACAACCUUUGUCCGCGUCAUGGGAUUAACUAACUUGCUACUCGGAGCAGAACGCGAACGUCCUUUAUGUUUGGUUAACUGUAUCAAAGCACUUCCAACCGGAGUCAUAAAUGCACGAAGAUGUAUUCGCUUGAAGUUUUGUUAUUUGUUUUAAUAAUUUCCUGGAGCAACGGAGUAGACUUUGAUAGGUUCAGUGGAAAAAAAGUGGACGUCGCACAGUCAAAGGAAUUGCGAUCAAAGAACGCCACAGAGCGAUGUUCCUUUGAAAUAAAGCCAUGCACACCACACGAAGGCAGCAGAAUAGACGGGACGUGUAACAAUUACAAAGAGCCCGCAAAAGGAGCUGCUAAAGGAGCAUAUCUGAGGCUGCUCAAACCCGAUUAUGCUAACAAACGCCAUAUUCGCAAAAACAAAAAUGGCGAGGAGCUACCGUCAGCCAGAAAGGUUAGGACGGAAUUGGAGACCACAGGUCGUGUUGAAGACCGCUACAUGUUCAACAUAGCAACAUAUCAUAUGCUGGAGUUUAUCCAAAGAGAUAUAAGUUUGUUAAAUGGACCACUUGAUUACCUACGCAAGAGACAGUACUGCUGCAAGCCGGCAGGUGAGGCGGAUCCCCGCUGCAUCCCUAUCCGUGUGCCAGACAACGACCCGUAUCUCAAAGUGACGGAUAUACGCUGUCUAAAUUUCUCACGCGCGGAAACUUUCCAAGACAUGGGCUGUACACCAGACACAAUACAUCCCGAACAGAUUAACUAUCAAACUCCUCUAAUUGACUUAUCAACAAUAUACGGAGUAGACAACAAAACCGCCGCAUCCAUUCGUAAAGGAAAACACGGAUUUAUUACUUUGGAAAGGAGAGGAGAGCGUCACGUACCGCCAGCUAAUAUGACAAUAAUUAACAUAACGAUAAGCGACAUACCUAUCGCUAUUAAUAUUUCAGAAGAUGUAUGUAUACAAAAUUUGCGAAAUGAAUCGCGGUGCUACGAAUUUGGUUUUCCUGAAGCUGGCAACUUCAACUUGCGUACAACGACCCUUGGAAUAUUCUUUAUAAGAGAACACAAUCGACUGGCAAAAAUACUCCACGAGAUCAACCCGUGUUGGAAAGAUGACAGGCUAUUUAAAAUUGCGCGACAGAUCAAUAUAGCAACAGCUUCCAAUAUAUUCAUGUAUGAACUUCUACCCGCGUUAUUGGAAUAUUAAACAUUAUUUGGAGUCAGUUAGUUUUUACUCUAUCAGCAACUCGGAAAGCAGUUUUUAGAAGAGAAGAACAGGCAAGG